GGCGGGGCGCUGCCCGCUCGGUUCCGGUGCCGCCAUGGCGGCCGGAGCGUGGUUGGCGCUGUUGGCGGCGCUGCUCGCGGUAACCGGGGCUGAGCAGGAGCGGAGGGUGUCGAUGGAGUACAACCCCGGCUGGAACGGCUCGUCGGUGAACGUGCUGCACGUGCGGGCGGUGGGCUCGCGGGACAGCCUGCACUACRUCUGGAGCAGCCUGGGGGCUCCGGCCGCGCUCCUGGUGGCCACCAGUAGCCCCAGCAGUGUCCUGAGGCUGGACUGGCCACGCCUGCUGUCCACCAGCCCGGCUGGAGCCGUGUGGAUUGAGCCCCGUGACAGCGUGGUGGAUGCGGCGGCUGUGGUGUUCACCAGGGUAUGGGGGAAUGGGGGUGACCGCGUUCGCUUCCCCGGGCCGCUCCCUGUUCCAGGAAUAUCCCGAUAUCCCAUCACUAUCACGACACUAUCACGAUAUCCCCCCUCCCAGGUGACCGUGUUCCAGUCCCCGGGCCACUCCCCUCACGACAAUAUCACGAUAUCCCCUGCCCAGGUGACCGCGUUCGGUUCCCCGGGCCGCUCCCCGCACCGGGAAUAUCCCGAUAUCCCAUCAAUAUCCCAAUACCCUAUCACUAUCCCGAUAUCCCAUCACUAUCGCGAUAAUAUCCCAAUAUCCUUGUCACUAUCACGAUAUUGUCGCGAUAUCCCCCCUCAGGUGACAGCGUUCGGUUCCCCGGGCCGCUCCCUGCACCAGGAAUAUCCCAAUAUCCCAUCACUAUCACGACAAUAUCGCGAUAUCCCCCCUCUCAGAUUACAGCGUUCGAUUCCCCGGGCCGCUCCCCGUUCCGAUAUCCCAUCCCUAUCACGACACUAUCGCGAUAUCCCCUCUCAGAUUACAGCGUUCGGUUCCCCAGGCCGUUCCCCGUUCCGAUAUCCCAUCACUAUCGCGAUAAUAUCACGACACUAUCGCGAUAUCCCCCCUCAGAUUACAGCGUUCGAUUCCCCGGGCCGCUCCCCGUUCCGAUACCCCAUCCCUAUCACGACACUAUCGCGAUAUCCCCCCUCUCACAUUACCGCGUUCGAUUCCCCGGGCCGUUCCCCGUUCCGAUACCCCAUCACUAUCGCAAUAAUAUCACGACACUAUCGCGAUAUUCCCCUCUCAGAUUACCGCGUUCGAUUCCCCGGGCCGAUCCCCGUUCCGAUAUCCCAUCCCUAUCACGAUAAUAUCCCAAUAUCCCCAUCACUAUCCCGACACUAUCGCGAUAUCCCCUCUCAGAUUACAGCGUUCGGUUCCCCGGGCCGCUCCCCGGUGCCGCCGGGGCUCGCGCACGGCGCUGAUUGGUCGCAGCUCGAGUUCCUUCUGUCGGGGGUGGAGCCCGUUUCGGGAUUUUCGUCCUUCCUCUUGCAGAUUGUGUCCCUCGUCUCGUCCCCCCCCAACUCCAGCUCAAUUUCGGGAUUYCUGCAGUGGAAAAGCACCGCCUACGGCUCAGCGCGGCCGCGGCGCUCGGACGGGAUCCGCUGCCGGAGCGGGGCCCUGCAGCCGCGGGGUCGGACCCUGCCCCGCUCCGCCAUCCUUGUGGGSUUCUUUGGGGACAGCGAUGUCACCGUCAGCGCCCUCAAUGUCACCUUCGGGGGUGAGGAGGGYCAGGUCUACCGGGACACCAAAUACCUCAGCUGGUCGGUCCUGCUGGGUUUCGGGUCCCCUCCUGAGCAGUCUCUGUCCCCUCUGCUGACGGCGCUGGCGGCCGCGCUGGGGACACCCCUGGGUGCCCUCCUGGUGGGUGGCACCGCAGUGGCACUGAUGGCACCCAGGGGACACCGAUCGGACUAUGAACCCAUCAACUGAGGGGACACCCAUGGGUGACACUGGUGACACCGGAAUGGGGACAGGGACACACCUGGGUGACACCGGAAUGGCACUGGGUGACACAGGGACAGGGACACCCCUGGGUGCUCUUCUGGUGGGUGGCACUGCGGUGGCACUGAUGGCACCCAGGGGACACCAGUUGGGGGAUAGGGACACCCCUGGGUGACACAGGGACACCCCUGGAUGCCCUCCUGGUGGGUGGCACCGCAGUGGCACUGAUGGCACCCAGGGGACACCGAUCAGACUAUGAACCCAUCAAUUGAUGUCACCUGAAUGUCCCCAGGGUGACACUGACACCCCUGGGUGACACCAGAACUGGGAAUGGGAACAGGGACACCCCUGGGUGACACCAGGAUGGGGACAGGGUGACACUGGGACACCCCUGGGUGACACCGGGAUGACACCGGGACAGGGACAGGGUGACACUGGGAUGGCACCCAUGGCACAGGAAUGGGGACAGGGACACCCCUGGGUGACACCAGAAUGGGGACAGGGACACUCCUGGGUGACACCGGGGUGUCCCCAAGCAGUUUUGGGUGUCCCCAGGGUGACUUUGCGUCCCUUUGGGGACAUUUUGGGGACAUUUUUGAGGUUUGGGAUCUCAACCAAAUAAAUGGGAUUUUUUUAAGGGUGUCCAAUGGGAUUUUUGAGUGACCCCCAAAGGUUUUUUGGGGUGUCCCCAAAGGGUUUUGGGUCCCUUUUGGGGACAUUUUUGGGGUCUGGGGUCUCAACCAAAUAAAAAUAAGAUUUUUGAAAGGUGUCCACAGUGUU